GUCACUCAUGUUUUGUUGGUGUAAGUCAGGUCCAUUGUAAACAAAACUAAAUUGUUAUUUUCCCACCAUGGUCUGAAUAAUGAGAAAGAAAACAAUUUGUAGUAACAACAGUGCUUUAAUUCAGAGUCACUCAAUCGUGAUCAGUCAGGGCGAGAUUUAAAUGGAGUUCAGUUCUCAGUAUCAGCAAGUGUUGUGCCGAUUUCAUUUGGAUUAACUUUCCUUCCCUAUUCAAGGAUCAGAUGCACAAUUGGUGAAUACAUUUUGGACAAUGCUGUAGCUGAUAUUUUUGUGGUGACAUUCACUCUGAUGGGAUUAUAAAACUUUGUAAGGAUUGAAUGAUGAAGGAAUUACAAAGGGAGAUCACUUCGACAAUACUGAAAAAGGGAAAUAACUCUGUUCAUUGACACAUUCCAGCAGAUUCAAAGUACAUUUGACGAGACAGUGCUAUAAAUAACACGAUGUGGAAGAAGAUCCUGGCUUUGUUUGUUGGGGUACUCGUGGGGUACUGGCUAAUUGAUGAUUUUAAUCCAAAUGUGCUGAGGGGUAAGCGUGUUGUUGUGACUGGCUCCUCCACAGGGAUUGGAGAACAGAUCGCGUAUCACUACGCCCGUAUGGGAGCCGAUUUACUGAUCACUGCUCGCAGGGAAAAAGUUCUCCAACAGGUAGUAACACGCUGUAAAGAACUGGGACCUGAGGGUGGGAGGUACUUCUAUAAGUCAGCUGAUAUGGCUAAUAUGUCAGCUACUAAGGAAGUCAUUCAGGAGGCCAUAGACAGAUUGGGUGGGAUCGAUAUCUUGGUGCUGAAUCACAUCCUGCCGAUCCCCCUGGGACUGUGGGAAGGGACCCCACAGAACCUCACUCUUACUGACAAGAUCAUCGACGUCAAUUUCAAGGCGUACAUUUACCUCACCUCCCACGCACUACCUCAUCUGACUGUGACAAACGGCAGCAUCAUAGUGGUGUCUUCCCUGGCAGGGAAGAUCGGACAACCCUUUACAGCAGUGUACUCCGCGACCAAGUUUGCCUUGGAUGGCUUCUUUGGAGGUUUACGUCAGGAAUUCAAGCUGAGGGGAUGUGACGUCUCCAUAACUCUCUGUGUUAUAGGACUCGUGGGCACUGAGAAUGCAAUCCGAGGACUCCGUGAUUAUGGACAACACUAUCUGUUAGAAAUGUUACCAGCAGAGACACCUAGUGACACUGCUCUGGCGAUCAUCAGGGGCGGGGCCAAACGUCAGAGGGAAAUAUUUCAUCCAUACCUCAGUCUCAAAAUCAUGACAUUGCUACGUGAUUGGAUUCCAAAUAUUGUGGAGUUCAUUAACAGGUCAAUGUUCACAGUUCCUGCCUAAGGACGCGUGCACCGAAAUCCUGAGUGAAGAGUCGGUUGAAACAGAAGAUUGGGUAAAGAUUAGAUUUCAUUGGUCAUUCUACAGAUUGGGUAAAGAUUAGAUUUCAUUGGUCAUUCUACAGAUUGGGUAAAGAUUAGAUUUCAUUGGUCGUUCUACAUAUUGGGUAAAGAUUAGAUUUCAUUGGUCAUUCUACAGAUAAUGUGAAUUCAUUUGAUUAGCAAUCCUGGAAACCCAGUUCAUGAUAUUUUUGGAGAUGGAGGAAUAAUCAGGAUGGUGACGGAGACGGAGACGGAGGAAUGUACUGGAGAGUGGGCCCUCCUUGUAAUCUUAGAGAAUCAAAUAUCUAGAAAUCCUUUGGGUUCUGGGCCGUCGGUGUCAUAAUUCCAAAGUAUAAUCAAUAAUCUGUUCAUUUUCCAUUUUCCAAUGAUUUGAGAGUUUUUAGCUGCUCAGUUUUUGUUUUGCUUAUCCCCCCCAGUCUUUCGUUAAAAAAAAAAAAAAUCCUGGAUCCGCCUGUGAUGUGUGAAGUGAUUUGUGAGUUUCCUUAACGCAGGGAAUUUGUAUCAGCGUCUGAAGGCAUUGGUACAUCCUGAGGAGCAACAGAGAAGUAAAGGAGUGGGUCCAAGUUAACAAAUCCUGAGGAACAAAAUAAAACCAAUUGAGAAAUAAAGGAGUGGAUCUAUGUUUUCAAAUCCUAUGGAACAGCAUCAAAAGCAUGUGUACCAGGAGAUAGUAGAAUCUGAUGAAAAUCAAAGUACUGAAAGGACUGGAGGAAUGGUGACUACUGAAAUCAGUGUGUGGAUCCAUGGAUUGGAUUUUGUGCUCAAAUUCAUGCGAGAAAGGAGUCACCUCUAAUAUUUAUUUUAAAAAUCUGUAAAAGUUGAUCUCCAAAGAAUCCUGUAGACUAAUUUAAAUGAUAACAACUUUCGGCAUUUUGUCUAUUCCUGCAGUUGUUAUCACAUACUCUUGCCAUUAUUAUGUUCUACGAUUUCUGUGAUAAAUCCAUGUAUUCUAAUCACGGUGAAGUGAGGGUCUUCUUUGAAGCUUAUUAAUGUAUUUUUAGAUUUUUGAAACUGUUAUCUGUAUGGUUGUUAUCUGUCUUGUACAGUAAAACACGGUUAUAAUGAACCUCCAGGGCCAGCGAAAAACAGUUCAUUAUAACCAAACUUUGUUAUACAGUAAAACACGGUUAUAUUGAACUUCCAGGGCCAGUGAAAAACAGUUUAUUAUAUCCAAACUUUGUUAUACAGUAAAACACGGUUUUAAUGAACUUCCAGGACCAGUGAAAAACAGUUCAUUAUAACCAAACUUUGUUAUACAGAAGAACACGGUUAUGAUGAACUUCCAGGGCCAGUGAAAAACAGUUCAUUAUAACCAAACUUUGCUAUACAGUAAAACAAAGUUUUAAUGAACUUCCAGGGCCAGCGAAAAACUGUUUAUUAUAACCAAACUUUGUUAUUUUCAAUAAAAUUUUGUUAUUUUCCUCUCAUAGGGGAUUACAUGUAAAUAUAACUUUGCAAUAAGCAUGAAUUCAUCAUACUCAUAUUUGUUUAUUAACAUGUUUUACUGUAAUUCAAUUGUUUUUAAUUUAAUCUGACAAAUUGCUGAUCAUGCAAGUCUGUAGUUGGUCUAUCCACGAGAUUGUAGGAAGUGUAUUAAAGAUUGUAGGAAGUGUAUUGAAGAUUGUAGGAGGGGUAUUAAAGAUUGUAGGAGGGGUAUUGAAGAUUGUAGGAAGUGUAUUGAAGAUUGUAGGAGGGGUAUUGAAGAUUGUAGGAAGUGUAUUAAAGAUUGUAGGAAGUGUAUUGAAGAUUGUAGGAGGGGUAUUAAAGAUUGUAGGAGGGGUAUUGAAGAUUGUAGGAAGGGUAUUGAAGAUUGUAGGAGGGGUAUUGAAGAUUGUAGGAGGGGUAUUGAAGAUUGUAGGAAGUGUAUUGAAGAUUGUAGGAGGGGUAUUGAAGAUUGUAGGAGGGGUAUUGAAGGUUGUAGGAGGGGUAUUGAAGAUUGUAGGGGAGGGGUAUUGAAGAUUGUAGGAAGUGUAUUGAAGAUUGUAGGAGGGGUAUUGAAGAUUGUAGGAGGGGUAUUGAAGAUUGUAGGAGGGGUGUUAAAGAUUGUAGGAGGGGUAUUGAAGAUUGUAGGAGGGGUGUUAAAGAUUGUAGGAGGGGUAUUGAAGAUUGUAGGAGGGGUAUUGAAGAUUGUAGGAGGGGUAUUGAAGAUUGUAGGAGGGGUGUUAAAGAUUGUAGGAGGGGUAUUGAAGAUUGUAGGAGGGGUAUUGAAGAUUGUAGGAGGGGUAUUGAAGAUUGUAGGAGGGGUAUUGAAGAUUGUAGGAAAUGUAUUGGUUUCGUCUGUCAAUGUGUCCAUAUAUGUGUGUUUUAUUCAAAGCUUAACCCAUGUGGCUGUUUUGGUUCACAAGUUUAAUCUUGGUUAAGAUAAAAACAGCAUACUCCCUGUACUAAUUGUUGAAGUAUAAGGAUUGCUGCAAGUCAGUGUCAUUCAGUGAGGUCACACAAUUAUACUUAGCUAACGGGGUUAUCUCAGCUGUGAGUUGUAAAUACAGAUUAAAACGUACUCAUCUUUGGGUGUAACAACUUCAAAACUGUCUGCAAGUUUUGCUGAAUUGAAAGCAUUUUCACACGCCCGUCAUUGGACGGGACAUACUGCGCUGUCCAUGUGUCUGUCUGUCUGGCAGUCUGAGGUCAUGUUUUCCAUCCUGGUAGCAAUUUCUCCCUCAAUAAUCAUAAAAGUGAGUGUGCAUUUCAGUUACAUUGGUGCUCCAUGACCAACUUCAGAGCUUAUAGUAGUGCAAACAGUUUUCCAGACUUUCGCUAUGGAUACAGUUAGUGCCCUGAAAUUUAGUCAUAACCUUCCUCUCGGAGGAAUACACAUUAAGUUUGUAUAUCAGCUGGAUUGGUGCACUGUGACGUACUGUACGGGUAGAAGUAGGUCAAACAGUUCUCCAGACUUUUUUUUUUUUCGUUAUGGAUAGACGUAUUACCUCUCGGAGAAGUACAUAAUCAGUUCACGUGUCAGAUGGAUUGGUGCACCAUGACCUACUUCAAGGACUUUUUAUUCAGAAUGUGUAUUGUGUUUCUGGUACUCUUGCUGAUCUCUGAAGAGGUUGAUCUUGACCUCUGGGUAGUUGAACCUUGAUCUCUGGGUAGUUGAACCUUGACCUCUGGGUAGUUGAACCUUGACCUCUGGGUGGUUGAACCUUGACCUCUGGGUAAAUCUAACUUUUAUUUAAAAGAUCCUUUUGGGCAUAAAUUUCCAUGUUAUUACUGAUUUAAUAAUUGUGAACAGGCAACUUCUAUAUGUGAUGUGUUGAUGUCAUGCCCGAUAUCUUGAUGCCAUGUCUGAAAUUUUAUUUCAAGUCUGAUAUUUAGAUGUCAUGCCUGAUAUUUUGAUGAUUGAGUUGAUGAACAUUUUGAUGAUUGAGUUGAUGAACAUUUUGAUGAUUAUCCUGGUUUGGUUUGAUGUGAGUGUCUGUCAGUCCCGUGGUAAUACCUGUGAGUGAGCGAGAUUGAAAUUAUUUAUUGUGAUCGAUUAUGAAAUCGAAUUUAUUAACAUCAGGGAUACAAAGAUAUACUCAAUAAAAUGGAAUGUUUAGUUUAUUUUAAAAAUCACAACAGAAAUAUAUUAUUCAUUAACUGGAUGUUUAAUUUAUUUUAAAAAUCACAAUACAGAUGUAUUAUUCAUUAACUGAUAUCAGUAAUUAUAUAUAAAUUUGAGUGAUUACUAUAUUCUGUUUGUGUUGCUAUUUCUCACAGUCAAUAACUACAAUAUUACACAUAACCAGUAUGUACAUCAGUGUUAUUUCACAGUCAAUAACUACAAUAUUGCACAUAACCAAUAUAUACAUCAGUGUUAUUUCUCAGUCAAUAACAAGAGGUACUGUGAGCAAUCCUCACUAAGAAUACCCCCCGCUUACCCCAAUCUCCCAAAGGGUGAUGGAAAUAGGUAUAAACUACCUCUUUUCUGAGUGUUGCUACUUCGAUGUCCAGUGCGCGUGACCUUUGACCUUUUGACCCCAAAAUCGAUAGGGAACAUCUUUCAUCCCAUGGGUAGUCCAUAUGUAUGAUAUGGUGACUGUAGGUGGAAAGGAUAACGCUUUAGAGCCCGGAAACCAUAUUGCUACUUCAAUGUCCAGUGCGCGUGAACUUUGACCUUUUGACCCCAAAAUCGAUAGGGAUCAUCUUCAUCCCAUGGGUAGUCCAUAUAUAUGAUAUGGUGACUGUAGGUGGAAAGGAUAACGCUUUAGAGCCCGGAAACCAUAUUGCUACUUCAAUGUCCAGUGUGCCUGACCUUUGACCUUUUGACCCCAAAAUCGAUAGGGAUCAUCUUCAUCCCAUGGGUAGUCCAUAUAUAUGAUAUGGUGACUGUAGGUGGAAAGGAUAACGCUUUAGAGCCCGGAAACCAUAUUGCUACUUCGAUGUCCAGUGCGCUUGACCUUUGACCUUUUGACCCCAAAAUCGAUAGGGAACAUCUUCAUCCCAUGGGUAGUCCAUAUAUAUGAUAUGGUGACGGUAGGUGGAAAGGAUAAUGCUUUAGAGCCCGGAACCAUUGCGUCUACAGACGGACGGACGGACAGACGGACAACCCGAUUCCAGUAUAACCCCCCCCCCCCCCCCCUACAACUUGUUGCGGGGGGUACAACUACAAUAUUACACUCGGUCAAUAUGUACAUCAGUGUUAUUUCUCAGUCAAUAACUACAAUAUUACACUCGCUCAAUAUGUACAUCAGUGUUAUUUCUCAGUCAAUAACUACAAUAUUACACAUAGUCAAUAUGUACACCAGUGUUAUUUCUCACAGUCAAUAACUACAAUAUUACACAUAGUCAAUAUGUACAUCAGUGUUAUUUCUCAGUCAAUAAAUACAAUAUUACACAUAACCAAUAUGUACAUCAGUGUUAUUUCUCACAGUCAAUAACUACAAUAUUACACUCAGUCAAUAUGUACAUCAGUGUUAUUUCUCACAGUCAAUAACUACAAUAUUACACUCAGUCAAUGUGUACAUCAGUGUUAUUUCAUAGUCAAUAACUACAAUAUUACACAUAGUCAAUAUCUACAUCAGUGUUAUUUCACAGUCAAUAACUACAAUAUUACACAUAACCAAUAUGUACAUCAGUGUUAUUUCACAGUCAAUAACUGCAAUAUUACACAUAGUCAAUAUAUACAUCAGUGUUAUUUCUCACAGUCAAUAACUACAAUAUUACACAUAGUCAAUAUGUACAUCAGUGUUAUUUCUCACAGUCAAUAACUACAAUAUUACACAUAACCAGUAUGUACAUCAGUGUUAUUUCACAGUCAAUAACUACAAUAUUAGACAUAACCAAUAUGUACAUCAGUGUUAUUUCUCACAGUCAAUAACUACAAUAUUACACACAGUCAAUAUAUACAUUAGUGUUAUUUCACACAGUCAAUAACUACAAUAUUACACAUAGUCAAUAUGUACAUCAGUGUUAUUUCUCAGUCAAUAACUAAAAUAUUACACAUAGUCAAUAUGUACAUCAGUGUUAUUUCUCGCAGUCAAUAACUACAAUAUUACACAUAGUCAAUAUGUACAUCAGUGUUAUUUCAUUGUAAUGUUAGUUCGUGCAAUAAAAAGGACGGGAAUUUC